AUGGCUACCCCUAGUGUCCUCCCUUUUAACGCUGAGGGUCGGGCCAUUGACUUUGACGUCUCGGUAGAUGACCUGCAGCUUUUCCUCCAGUGCGAUAGGGCAGACGGUCUCUCCCUCUUUGACCUCACCUCUGGUGCCUCUCCUGCUCCUGCUGCUGAUGCUGACGCCACUGUUCGCUCACAAUGGGCCACGCGCGAUGCUGCUGCACGUCUUGCUGUGCGUCGCCACCUGCCUACCUCUGAGCGUGCGCACUUUAGUCAGUACAAGAGUGCUCAGACCUUGUACGAUGCUGUAGUUGCACGCUACUCCUCCCCUGCCACUGCUGCACUAGGCCGCCUCAUGCUACCGUACCUCUUCCCUGACCUUGCUGCCUUUCCCACAGUCGCUGACCUCAUUACGCACCUCCGCACUAUCACCCGGCUCCCUGACUCCCUUCGCGUAGUCAGAGACCACUUCCUCGCAGUGUGUCCCACCACUCUCACCGUUGACCUCCUCGAGAAGGCCCUCCUAGCAGCGGAGAAGAGCAUAGUCGCUGUAGGAGCCUCUCGUGGUGACCCCUGCACCCCUGUCUUUGAGGGGUGUUCUCCCUCCCCCCUCUUGCCCUCUGUUGCUUCUGCUGCUGCAGCCGACCUCGUUGGUUUUGAGUCGGUCGGCGCUGCGUCUGCCCCUUCGGGGAAGCGCCGCACAGGCAAGGGCAAGGGGGGCAAGGGCGUUGGAGGAGCGGGCGAGGGCGGUGGAGGCGGCGGUGGAGGCGGCGGAGGGAGUGGGGGUGGUGGUGGGAGUGGUGGGAGUGAGUGUUGCUGA